CACCACCACAGCCACAGAAAAACCAACCACAAUAACUAAAAAACCCACAACAACAACAACCAUAAUCACUGAAAAACCCACCACAACAACCACAGAGAAACCAACCACAGCAACCACAGUCACAGAAAAACCCACCACAACAACCACAGAGAAAUCCACUGUUGAAACUACUGCUUCACCUUCAACUGUUCAGUCUUCAACACCAGGCAGAACAACUUUAUGUCACUGCACGUACAUGGAUAGUGUUUUUCCUCCUGAUAGCCGCAUAUAUCAUAAGUCUGAUGGAGAAGGCUGGUGUUUCACUGCAUAUUGCAAUUUGACAUGCGGUGUUGAAAAGUCUCAUGGACCAUGUGGCUCUACUACUCCACCAACCCCUACCACCAUCACAACAAGUUCUAGUACUACAAAACAAAUUAGUUCAACAACUGCCCACACAAUCCCAGUGUCCACCGGCAAGCCUUUAAAAGACUGUUCAUAUCUCAAGCCACCUAGAGAGCACGGUGAUACCUGGAGGUCAAGCAGCUGCACCACAGCAACAUGUGAGAACGGAAAAGUAAUAACAGAACAUGUGCCAUGUAAAGAAUCGACCAUGCCCGUAUGUGAAAAUAGGCAGCAACCAGUCAGGGUUUACGAUGAAGGAGGCUGCUGUUUCCACUAUGAAUGCAAAUGUAUUUGCGGCGGCUGGGGAGAUCCUCAUUAUUUGACAUUUGAUGGCCAGUAUUACAGCUUCCAGAAAAACUGCACAUAUGUCCUGGUCAAAGAGAUCAUUCCUCGGCACAAUUUUAAGAUUCUUAUCAACAACGAAAACUGUGACGCCUCUGGAACUGUGACCUGUGCUAAAUCCUUGAUCGUGUAUUACAAAAACCAUGAAGUUAUUCUUACACAGGAUAGAAUAUUUGGGACCGUGAACAUGGUGUUUAUUAACGGCACACAGGUAAUCCCAACCUACACCAAUGAUGACUUCAUCAUAACAAGUACAGGAAUUGAGCUACGUUUGAGAAUCCCGGAAAUUGAAGCAGUUGUGCAGUUCAAAGGGCUUUUAUUCUCUGUGGAAUUGCCGUUUUCCCUUUUCCACAACAACACAGAGGGACAGUGUGGUACCUGUGACAAUAAGAGAAAAAAUGACUGCAGAUUACCAAACGGCCAGAUAGAUCCCUCAUGCUCUCAUAUGGGAAAGUGGCAAGUACCAGAUAAGGAUAAGCCAUAUUGUGAGAAACCACCUUCUCCAACACCGAUACCUACACCUACACCCCGACCCUGCAAAGCUGCUAACUGUGAAAUUUUGUUGAGCGAUGUGUUUAAGGAAUGCCACAAAAAAGUCCAUCCACAACCGUUUUAUGAAGCCUGCAGAUUUGAUGUUUGCCACAUGGAAAAUUCCACCUUCGGUUGUUCCAGUAUAGAGGCAUACGCCUUGCGGUGUGCUGAAUCAUCUGUCUGCAUAACCUGGAGGAAUGCUACAAACGGAGAGUGCGAAUAUAAAUGUCCAGAAAAUAAAGUCUACAAGGCUUGUCAGCGAAAUAUUGAACGAACUUGCAACGCAAGAUACAAUGAGUUGUACGCACAACAAUGCCUAGAAAAAAAUGGCGACCAAAAAGAAGCUUGCAAUGGCCUCACGGAGGGAUGUUACUGCCCAGAGGGGAUGAUUCUUUUCAGUCAAAAGUCUGACCAUUGCGUCUCCACCUGUUGCACCGGACCUGAUGGACAACCUAAACAGCCUGGUGAGACUUGGCGGAGUGGCUGUCAGCAGUGUGCUUGUGAUGAGGGCACUGUUCAGUGUAAGCCUGUCACAUGCCCCACUCAAAAACCAGUAACCUGUACUGAGGAGGGUGAGGUGCUGGUGAAUCGCACAGUGGACUGCUGUGAGAGAAUGACCUGUGAAUGUGAUAGGAGCCGCUGUUUGUUGCCACAACAGAAGUGCAAACCAGGAUUUCAGUUGGAGAUCCACAUCUCAAAUGACACUUGCUGUCCAUCUUUCCGGUGUGUACCCAAGGGUGUCUGUGUCUUCAAUGAUACUGAAUACAAGCCCGGUAUGAACUUCUCCAAAAGCCCAUGUGAAACAUGCUACUGUACUGAAAAUGAGGAUCCCAGCAGCAAGUUGAAUGCCCAACAAUGUUUUGUGAAGCAGUGUGUAGAAUAUUGCACAGAGGGCUAUGUGUAUGAAAACACACCUGAACACUGUUGUGGAACAUGUAAAAAGACGAGCUGUGUCAUGCAGCACCCAAGCUUCCCUUCUCCGAUAGUUAUUAAACCUUCUGAGUCUUGGUCACCACCAGAUGACAACUGUACCAACUAUGAAUGCCACAAGUUGAAGGAUGACUUCAUAACCACGGAAAGACAAGAAAUUUGUCCUCCAUUUGAUCCAAAGAACUGCGUUCCUGGAACUGAACAAACGGACAAGAAUGGUUGUUGCAAAACUUGUACUUCUGUCAAAGCCCCCUGUGAAUUGACCAGGAACACCACCUACCUGCAGGCAAAUAACUGCAGGUCAGCUGAGAAAGUGGAAAUCACAGCCUGUGCAGGAUCCUGCGGAGCGUCCUCAUCAAUGUACUCUGCGGAGUCCAACCGUAUGAUGCAUUCAUGCUCCUGCUGUCGAGAGAUGGCCACUAGUAAGAGGGAAGUGGAGUUGACCUGCAGUGACGGCAGCAAGAUAAAGCACUCCUACGUUUCAGUUGACAAGUGUGGUUGCCAAAUCACUGAAUGUGUGAAUGAGUAAACAUUUUGCUUGACAACACUGAACUUAAUUAAAGGGAAAAUCUAACUAAUAUACUUUUUUUUAUAACUCUAACAAUUCCUCUCCAAAAACUAUUAGAGUCAAGACUCAAUAUGUAAAGAAGACACACACCUCUCUGUUUCCAGCAGUCCCCAAAAAGGGCAAAUAAGUUAAACCUUUUAAACAGCAGACAUGUUGUGGUCUGAAAUUUCUACACCUCUGGAAACUGUCUACUUGUGCUCUUAAACUUGUCAUCACUUUCUCAUUUAUUGUCAGGGCAGCAGGUCCACAUAGUGCCCUGUGAUGACAGCACAUAUUAGUGUCCUGGUGUCUCUUUUAGCUUUUGAAGAGGAUGUUCCUUUAUACAAACUGUACGAUGGGGUGUUUUCAGUCUUAGAGGGGGUUUCUCUUCAGUUUCUACAAAUGACUUGACAGAUAGGACACAGUGGCCUCAAAUAUAACAACACAUCAGAGUCUUGGGCAAAGGAUUACCUUUGCGGGGGAAUGGAAAGAUUAAUAACAUUGAUUUGAAUUUUAAAUGAGUGUUGGUCAUUAUUUCUAACAGCACCAUCCACACAGAUGAUCUCACAACUACUCAAACUUCUGCAGAUCUGUCAUUAAAACUCUCAAGUUUAUUGACAAUCAUAUGUCCUUGUUCUCAUUUUUAUUUCUCAGCUGUUUUUUAUGUGGCUUUGUCUUGAGGUAUUUGCAUGAUGCACUGUCGGUAGCAAGGAGAAUCUCUGUUUCAAAUAAAAAAUAUAUUGC